UUCCGCUUUUGGCACUUUGAAAUCGUAUUAUUAUUAUUAUUAUUAUUAUAUUUUUCUCGACAAAGAAAGGCCAAACCCCUCGAACCCCACCGCCUAUGGCGACGUUGCCCUAAAAAAGAACAUUCUCUCGCUCACUCUCUCUUUCUCUCUCAUAAAUUCUCCCGCCGUGUUUAUAAGCUGGAGUUUACAGUUCUUACCGAGAGAGAGGAAGAUGGGGAGCAGUACAAAUGGCGUCGUUGGCUGCAGCAGUACCGGAGCGGUUGAUAAAGGAGUUGAUUUUGCAAAUUACUUCUGUACUUACGCUUUUCUUUACCACCAGAAAGAGAUGCUCUGUGAUCGAGUCCGCAUGGACGCUUAUUACAAUGCUAUUUUUCAGAACAAGCAUCAUUUCCAAGGAAAGACUGUGUUGGAUGUAGGAACAGGUAGUGGCAUUCUUGCCAUCUGGUCUGCCCAAGCUGGUGCAAGGAAGGUCUAUGCUGUUGAAGCAACUAAGAUGUCGGAACAUGCCCGGUCUCUUGUUAACGCAAACAAUCUUCAAGACAUUGUUGAAGUAAUUGAGGGCUCUAUGGAGGAGGUCGUCUUGCCAGAGAAAGUUGAUGUGAUCAUCUCCGAGUGGAUGGGUUACUUUCUUCUGCGUGAGUCUAUGUUUGACUCUGUGAUAUGUGCUCGUGAUCGUUGGCUGAAGCCAACUGGAGUCAUGUAUCCUAGCCAUGCUCGCAUGUGGGUAUCACCUAUCCGGUCUAGUUUGGUGGAUCAAAGGAAAAAUGAUUAUGAAGGAGCAAUGGAUGACUGGUAUGGGUUUUUGGAAGAUACAAAAAAUUCCUAUGGUGUUGAUAUGAGUGUUUUGACAAGACCUUUUUCAGAAGAGCAGGAAAAAUAUUAUCUGCAGACAUCAUUAUGGAACAACCUCCAUCCACAUCAAGUUAUUGGGACAGCUGCUGUUAUAAAGGAGAUUGAUUGUAUAACUGCUACUGUAAACGACAUCCUUCAAGUCACAUCAAGUUUUUCAUCAACCAUCAGCAUGGAGCACACUCGCCUCUGUGGAUUUGCAGGAUGGUUUGAUGUCCAUUUCCGAGGAAGACGGGAGGAUCCAGCUCAGCAAGAAAUUGAGUUAACAACUGCUCCUAGUUCAAAUAAUGGCACUCAUUGGGGACAACAGGUUUUUCUCUUGCAUCCUCCUGUGCAUGUUGAUGAAGGGAGCAAUCUCAAUGUUUAUUUCUCAAUGAACCGUUCUAAGGAAAACCAUAGAUUAAUGGAGGUUGAGUUUGAUGUUAAAAUCAGCAAGCCUUCCGGCAAAAUACUACCACCAAUUAUUAAGAAGUUCUACAUAGAGUGAGGAUGGCAAUGAAUUGCUGAUUUUUUGGAUUUCAACACUAAGUCUUCAAGGUGAUUUAACAGGAAGAUUCUAACUCUGAUCGUCAUAAGCUAAAGGAUUUUUACUCAUUGGUGGUCACACAAAGAAUACAUGAUUGAGAGGUAAGUGCAUAGGGAGCUCACUGCAGAAUUCACUAGAUGGAGAACUGAUAUUGCACUUUCUCAAAUUGAAUAGUUUUCCUUGUAGAAGUGGAAAUUGAUUUUUCUUUGGAUAUUGUGCAAGGGACAAAUUAUAAUGUGUUGAUCAAGCCAAAAUCUAAAUUAUUGGAAAUUUUGUCAACCUAUGAAUCAUGAUCUAUUGGUAUUCUAAGGAGUGGUUGUAACAAGGAAAGAUAUUACCCUUGUGGAUAUAUAUAGCAAGUAUUGACUACUGACUGACUAGACGUCUUCAAACAUGGCAGCCUGUGGCUUCUAAAUUGCAAAGAGAAAAAUGCCUUAAGUUUAGAUUGGUCUGGUAAGAUGCACUCAUCCAUACCUUUCAAUGGAGGAUCUGCAUACAUCUGUAACUUAAUUUCCUGGUCUCAAGUUUGUUUUCUUCAACCUGGUAUUUGGUUUUUACAUUUUAAAUUUGGCCGAGAGCUAAGAACUAGUGACUCUUCAAGACUUCAACUAGAAGCAUAUGCAUGUCUGUUUGUUACUA